UCAUAGCAAUUUUUGGUGAACAUAUAUAUGUUACAAAUUGUGUUCUCUACUCAUAAAAUUAUGAACAUCUUGUGAGUUUUUGGAGUGUCAAUACGUAUUAUGUAAAUGUGUAUUUAGUAUUGAUAAUUAUGAGAUACUCUGUGAUAUUAUUAAAUGAGGUGGGAAGAUUGUGUACGCCAAUUAGAUAUGCUUAUGUUUCAAUUCAUGCAUAGUAUAUGAAUUUGUUGUCUGGGCCCACCAAAAGUCAUUCAAUAAUUUCAGCUUGUUCCGAUUACACUCGUAGAAGCUAAUCUAUGAUUCUGAUCUUGUGCUUUAUUGUUAUUAUUAUUAUUAUUUUAUUUUAUUUUUAUCAUUUACUAACACGCCAUUCAAAUUUAAGCGUGGUUGAUUUAUGCUUUUGGAUUAAUGAAAUCACGGACCUUUGGUCCAUUCUAAAGGACUUUGAGUUUUGAUUUGUAUAAUAUGAUGCAUUAUUUGCUUGUAUUAUAUAUUUAUUAGUUUAAUAUGAGUAGGUGAUUGUGUUUUUCAUUGUACGAUGGAGCUGUUGUCUCUUUGUGAGUUUACAAGUUUUAAUAAUUGGUUAUAUACGCUAGCACCAAUGGACUGUAUUAUUAUAUUUUGUUUUGUGUAUCGAACUGGGGGUAAACCACUGACCGAAACAGUGCAUGUUUUGUUUAUAAUAUAAACAUUAAUAAUGCAGUGAUAUAUUUGCAUGCUGUCGUGUAUUGCUUAUAUAAAACUUGAUUAUUUUAAGGUAUACAUUGAAUGGCAUUAAGCUUGUUCAUGGAAAAAAUUCGCCAUGUUCCUAGAUGUUUCGGUUAUCAAAAUCACACUUGUCGGACGGUCAACUGUAAUCUUCUAUUUUUGGCUUUUCUAACAUUACCGCACGGGUGCCUUCCUGCAGCUUCUACCCAUGUGCAUGAUUUCCUGUGUUCUGUAAGACUUGUGUGAAACCUUGUGCAUUCAUGUGCUUCGUAGGAGGGGGAAGAAGGGAUUGAUGUAAGAAACAUGACAGAACACAAAAGAAGCCCCUGCUCUGUUGAUCAAAGCAAUUUUACUUCUCUUGCAUCCAAACGACAUAAGACUGAUUUGUCCAUCUCCACAAAGGAGAGGAAAGAGAAGCUUGGUGAACGGAUUGUAGCUUUGCAACAGCUUGUUUCGCCAUAUGGAAAGACAGACACAGCUUCAGUCCUGCUGGAGGCAAUGGAUUACAUACGCUUCCUUCAUGAACAAGUUAAGGUGUUGAGCGCUCCAUACCUUGAAAGCACACCAACAGCUAAGAUGCAGGAAUUAGAGCCAUACAGCUUGAGAAGCAGAGGUCUGUGCCUUGUUCCUGUCUCUUGUACUGCCGGAGUUGCUCAAAGUAAUGGUGCAGAUAUCUGGGCCCCCAUUAAGAAUACUUCCCCCAAGUUUGAGAACGCUAUCUCACAAUUCCAUUGAUACAGAUCAAUGCUCAGCAACCAAAAUGGUCUUGAAGAUGGAUGCCAGAUUGAGGCUGUGUAAAGGGUAACCAAUUUCGUUUCUAAAGCACAACCCAUUUUUUGUGAGGCAGAUUCGGAUUCAGUAACUGAAAUUUUUAGCAUGACGCCCUUCAAUGUAAUUCUGUGAUUGAAUGUAGUCAUGCUUGAACUCCAUCUAAUGCAGGCCCCAACCAUUCUGGUUUUAAACUGGUGGUGGGAUAAGCUUCUAGUACGGUACCUCGAUUGUAUACUUAAAUGAAUCUACAAAAUGUAUAUUUAUAAACUUGUGUUGUACAAUGAUUCUGACCAUGAAUUAAUGAAUAUAUGGUGGGGAAUAUAAUGGUAUGAUUUAUAGCGUA